AUGGCGGCGGCGGCGAGGAGUGGGUGGUCUGAAUCAAAGUUUAUCCAAGUACUUGUUGGGAAAAUUUCUACUGCAUUGAAUCAUACAUAUUUAAGUGUUGUCGAAGACCUAGUUGGAAUGAAUUCUCGCAUGGAGGAAGUGAUUGAAUUGCUAGGCUUGGGGCUAGAUGAUGCUCGUGUCAUAGGGAUAUGGGGAAUGGAUGGAAUGGGUAAAACAACUAUUGCCAGAGCUGUGUAUGAUCGUAUCGCAUAUCAAUUUGAAGGUUACAGUUUUAUUGAGAAUGUUAGAGAUGUUUCGAAGAAGAGUGGUAUAAAAACUCUACAAGAACAACUUAUUUCAGAAAUCUUAAUGGAAAAAGAUUUCAAAGUUGGAAAUAUUGGUAUGGGAAUAAGUAUGAUAAAGAAUAGGAGUAAUGGAAAUCUCUGCAAGAGGUUUUGA